UGAAGCUGAUGGAGCUGGUGGGACUGGUGAAAACAGUGAAGCUGGUGAAAACAGUGAAGCUGGUGAAGCUGGUGAAGAUGGUGAAGCCAGUGAAGCUGGUGAAGAUGGUGAAGCUGGUGAAGCCAGUGAAGAUGGUGAAGCCAGUGAAGCUGGUAAAGAUGGUGAAGCCAGUGAAGCUGGUGAAACCAGUGAAGCUGGUGAAGACGGUGAAGCCAGUGAAGCUGGUGAAGAUGGUGAAGACAGUGAAGCCAGUGAAGACAGUGAAGCCAGUGAAGCCGGUGAAGAUGGUGAAGCCAGUGAAGCCAGUGAAGCCAGUGAAGAAGACAGUGGUGCUGGUGCUG